AUUAAGAACUGAACUGAACUUAUUAGAGUUGAACUGAAAAUAAUCUGAAGAGAACAGACCCUUAGUAUAGGCUGUGUAAAGUUAGUGGUAUUUAUAGAUGGAUUGUAGUACCUUCUUUUGUUGUAGGUAAUCUAUUUUUUGGGUUUUGCUUGCCCUUCAAAGCUUUGUUCCGUGGGUGAAAUCUUUGCGUCCUUUAGUUUUGGUGCAUUAUUGUUUCAAUGUAACGCUUUAAACUUACGCUAUGGCUUGUGAAACAAAAACGAUUUCCAUUCCUUUCCAGCCCCUUUUGGAGCAGAUAACUGACUGCCUUUAUUACACCAUUUGAGGCUAUUUGGGUUGAAGGACAUGGUUACACUGGCUGGGUUACCAUUGAUUGUGGUGAUCUGCCCUAUGGUCUUGAAUGUAUAUUCAGCAAACCAUGUUCAGAGAGCUCGGUUGCUGUUCAGCAGGCUGCAAAGAAAGGAGUAUUAUAUUUGGUUAGUAAGUACAUGCUUGAAAUUAUUGAUGUUAACUAUGGUGAUGCAGCACCACUUAGCUUAGAAUGUGCUUGCUUAGGAGGAGGACACUUAGCUCUCAAAUUUCUCCUUGCAAAGCAAAAAGGUGCAUCUCUGUAGUAUAUUAGUAUGGCUCAAUUUGGAGUGGUUUUGCAACAUAGAGUAGGCUGUGUAGAUUAGCUCCAUGUCCACUUUCUCAUACUGUUAAGAUUAAAAUUUCCAAAUCUGUUUUUUCUUGCUUCAACAUUGAUGAAUUCUAGUUUUGUGUUUGUUUCACAUAAGUUUGCCAUGCUUAAGAAAAUGUGUGUUUGUGUGUGUUUCUCUUAGGAAGAAUAUAUGAAGCUAACAUUUGCAACCUUGCCCCUGUAUUGGAUCUCGUUUAGUAUUUUUCACUGCAAAGUAGCCUGCACUCAUCAAUUCAGUUCCCAAUAGGUAAACAUGAGGGGUUGGAGAUCAUGUUUGUUAAUUGCUGUCUAGCCUAGCUAGCCAAUUACAUUUGCUGUUAAUACUGGAUAAUGUGGUUGCAGGUAUGUCUUCUGUUUCGUUUAUGUAACCAGACUUUGCUUUUUCUGUGUUGUAGAAGUGUCCAUGCUGCAUAAUGAUAGAAAUAACCUUUGCUUGGUCACGAUAGGGAUGCAACUCGCAUUUUCUCUUUCAUUCUUGCGUCAGACUACAUAUUGGAGAUGGCAGCUUUACGGCAGCUGUUAUUCAGUGGUGGAAACUUAACAUCAUAAUGAACUUGAGUGCUUAAUCUUUGGUGAAGAAUAACUCAUCAUCAUAGUCUGUGUCAUGCAGAGUAGAAAUUGGAGAGUAACAAACAAGUGAUCUUGUAAAUGGCUAAACACUUCAUAUUAAAUUCAUUGAGGCAUUGUAAAACCUUUCCCCAGCUUUAUCAAGUUCAUGCACAUGCCAUUACUACAGGCUUCCUCACUCUACAACCCUGUUUUCUUCUUCCAAACAUUCUAUACACAAUUGCCCGCCUUGCUGCUUCAAAUUGUGUCCUAGCUCCUUCGAAUAGGACAAACUAUGCUGUAUCAGUGUUCAAUCUUAUCAGAUCGCCAACCACUUUCUGCUACAAUACAAUGAUGCGAAUUCAGAACCUCUUUUCUUCACCUGCGUCAGCCCUCAUACUCUUCAAAGAUAUGCUUCGUUUUUCGAUUCCUCCUGACUUUCACACUUAUCCUUUUGCCAUCAAGGCCUCUACUAAUCUCCGAGUACCUUCAACUUCUGCUGCCCUUCAUUCCCUUACCGUGAAAUCUGGCUUCAUUUCUGACAUAUACGUUCUCAAUUCCAUACUUCAUGUCUAUGCUAGGUUGGGCAGCCUCGGUGAUGCUUGCUUGUUGUUUGAAGAAAGUACCCAUAAAGAUAUUAUAUCCUAUAAUGCAUUGAUUGAUGGCUUUGUAAAGGCCGGAGACAUUGAGACAGCACGUCUGCUCUUUGAUAAAAUGGCUAUUCGUGAUGCAGUCUCGUGGGGUACUCUGAUUGCUGGGUAUGCACAUAUGAAGGAAUGCCAGGAAGCCAUUGAUCUCUUCAAUAGCUUGCUUAAUUCGCCAUCUGGUGUUCGUCCAGAUAACAUUGCUCUGGUUUCUGUUCUUUCUGCCUGUGCACAACUUGGAGAUCUGGAGCAAGGUAGCGCAGUUCAUGAAUAUUUAAUCCAAAACAGGAUUCGAGUGGAUUCCUUUUUAUCGACUGGCUUGGUGGACUUGUAUGCCAAGUGUGGCUAUGUUGAGAAUGCCAUAAAUAUAUUUGAAUCAAGUCCUGACAAGAAUUUGUUCACAUGGAAUGCUUUGUUGAUGGGCCUUGCUGUACAUGGCUAUGGCAGAAAAUGCUUGGAUUAUUUCUCCCGGAUGAUAAAGGAAGGAGUUCAACCUGAUGGUGUCAGCAUCUUGGGAAUUUUGGUUGGUUGCAGCCAUGCAGGUCUAAUAAAUGAAGCACACAAACUUUUUCAAAACAUGGAGGCUAUCUACGGUGUUCGUCGAGAAUUGAAGCACUAUGGAUGCAUGGCUGAUUUGUUUGGACGUGCUGGUUUAAUUGGAGAAGCAUUAGAUAUGAUAAAACACAUGCCGAUUCAAGGUGAUAUCUAUACUUGGGGAGCUUUGCUGGCUGGCUGCAGAAAACAUGGUAUGGUUGACAUUGCUGAGGAAGCAGCUAAACAUGUGCAGAAGUUGAACCCUGAAGACGGCGGUCUCUACUCAGUAAUGGUGGAUAUCUAUGCCACAUCUGAUAUGUGGGAUGAUGUUACCAAGACACGGAGUAUCAUAAGGAAUAGGAGGACCACGAAGAAUGCUGCUUGUAGCUUGAUCAAAUUGCAUGGCAUUAAUCAUGAGUUUAUAGCUGGUGCUUAUUUGCAUCCUGAAACAGAGGAGAUAUAUUUGGCUUUGAGUUGUCUGUCAAAUCAUCAAUUUGAAGCUUGACCUCAACUUUAACAAAAGCUGGUGAUUAUUUGCAUCCUGAAACAGAGAAGAUAUAUAUGGCUUUGAGUUCUCUGUCAAAUGACUCAAAUCAUCAAUUUGAAGCUUGACCUCAACUUUAACAAAAUGUGGGAAUGGUACAGUUUCCAUUACCAGCGUUAGUUGUUUCCCUUUCAUCUUUUUGGCCGCUAGUCAGACCUGAAAUUCAAAAUUCUUCAUUUGACAGAUUCAAUGUACUCUAAAGUAUACCAAUGUAGCAGGUUGUUCACAUCAUGUCUCCUACAUUGAGCAAGUAGGGAAAUGAAAAGAAGUCUUUUAAGCUGGAUGCAUUUUUAGAAGGAUCAUAUGGGAACAGGGUCUUUUUACAGGUGGCGUGGAAGGUCCCUUAUUAGCUGCGAUGCUGGAAGUGAAAAGGAAAAUGCAAGUCAAGGGACAAUGCUACUGUAGAGAUCUGUACUGGAUGGAAUUCCACGCCCUCACCCCCAGACCUAAUUGGUGUUUUAUCAUCAGCAAUCAAAC